AUGGAAGUACAUUCUCCGGAAUUAUCCAGCGGAACUAGCCCGAGUCUUAAAAGACCACGGGAGGACGAUAACUCUCCUUCUGCCAGUACUUCCAAGCGCGUCAAAAUCGACCCCGAGCCUACCACUGGGAGCGGUGAGGCCGUUGCUGAGCCCGUAGACCUGGAACAUAGAAAGAAAAGCGCGGGAGAGGCAGAGGUCGCCCCGCACCGGGAUGACGACAAGGGUGGGAGGCAGAGGAAGGGCAAGGCGAAGGAGAAGAGGGACUCGAGGCGAGGGACGCGCAAUGAAACUGCUGCUGAGCACCGCGACAACGGGGAGCCUAAGGCUGCCCGGUUGCCCAAGGCAAAGUCUGCAAUGCUCAUCGGAUUCUGCGGUUCCGGAUAUCAAGGCAUGCAGAUGCAGUACGAAGCGCAUGUGAAGACGAUUGAGGGUACAUUGUUCGAUGCCCUCGUCAGAAUAGGUGCAGUGUCGAAAGACAACGCGGAUGACCACGCGAAAGUCGCUCUUCACCGAGCUGCUCGCACCGAUGCUGGCGUGCACGCCGCAGGUAAUCUGGUGUCGCUCAAGCUCAUCACCGAGAUUCCAGGGGUACCUGAUUUCGUGGCUCGCGUAAAUGAGGAGCUACCACCAGAAAUCCGACUAUGGAGUGUCUCGCGCGUACAACGCUCAUUUGAUGCGAGGGCGUUGUGUGAUAGCCGCAAAUACACCUAUUUCUUUCCCAGCUACAUGCUGGUUCCUCCAAAACCUGGCUGUGGCCUCGAGAGAACACUCAGGGAACACGGUUACGAUGAACCUUUGCAUCCUUUCUGGGCAGAAGCUGGUUCAGAAUCGACUGUCGAGGACGAUCUGAGCAGAAAGCGCGCGUACAGGGUUCCCUCGGAGAAGGUAGAUGAGCUUCGAGUCAUGGCAAAGAAGUUCGAGGGAACACACAACUUUCACAACCUCACUAUCGGGCGGGACUUUAAUGAUCGAAGCUGUCACAGACUAAUGAAAAGUAUCGAGGUCGCAGAUCCUCAAGUGUACAAUAAUACGCAGUGGAUCAGCGUGCUGUUCCACGGGCAAAGCUUCAUGUUACAUCAGAUCCGCUUAAUGAUGUCUGUCUUGAUCCUGUCAUGCCACACAGGCACAUCACCGCAGCUCAUCGACGAGCUGUACGGACCUAGAAAGGUCCGCAUCCCGAAAACGCCUGCGCUCGGUCUGCUCCUAGAGUACCCAAUCUUUGGGUCGUACAACAAGCGGAUCGCAGCAGCGAAUGAGGGCGUGCAGCAGUCCGACCCUGCUUACCGGCCGCCCAUCGAUUUUGAGAUCCACCGCGAGGCCCUCGAUCGGUUCAAGCAGGAGCAUAUUUAUUCCCGCAUGCGGAGCAUAGAGGAGCAGGAAGGAAUGUUUGAUGCGUGGAUCCGUCAUAUAGAUGGAUACGCCGGGGACGACUUCCUCUACCUCAAUCCGAAGGGGAUUAUCCCUGCCGCGGCGGUGCUCAAGAAGGGCGAACAGAGGAGCAAUCCUUUCAAGGAAAAGAGACGAUUCGACUCUACUGUGGCUACUGUGGAUUCGAGUGGGGAAGCAGCUAUUGAGGAGCGAGAAGAGGAGGAGGACGCGAAGGUGGUGUUAGACCAUAGGAAGCUUGCGGAUAUGGAAGGCUAA